CUGUACUAAAAAAUGGAAGAAAUUCAAUUGAAAUGUUAUGGAACGCGAAGUGUACUCCGCCUAAGAAACUGGUGGGGUUGUACUUAUGUAAAAGCAAGCACCUUACAGUGUUGUUCGAAAGCAAAAUCUGUGAGAUGGAGGCGUCCUCUUGUUUUCGGCAUUUUUGUGGCACUCCAGCCAAAACUUGUUAUCCCAAUGGAGUACCGAGUUGCUCUCAACUCCGGAAUAGAGUAUCGCUCAGCACACCUCUAAAAAUGUAUGCGCCCCUAAAAUUGAAGGACGCGAACAGUAGGGUGCUCGGAUUUGCACGCAGAUUUGAAACGAAAGCGCAACUGAAUUUGCCUCUGAUCGCGCCAACAAAUCACUGGGGCACAUGGUCUAUCUUGCUUACAACCGGAGCAUUUGGCAUCUGGUCAGAGAAGACAAAGAUUGGAAGUGCACUGAGCGGAGCAUUGGUGAGCACGCUUGUGGCACUUGCAGCCAGCAAUUUGGGGCUAGUGGCAUAUGAGGCUCCUGCAUAUCAAGUGGUAAAUCAAUAUUUACUCCCGUUGGCAGUGCCCCUGUUGCUGUUCAAAGCUGACAUGCGUCGAGUCAUAGCUUUGACUGGUCGUUUAUUGAUAGCCUUUUGUAUUGGAUCAGUUGCAACAGUCAUAGGGACUUUGGUUGCUUAUUUGGUGGUACCCAUGCGAUCUCUAGGUCAAGAUAGCUGGAAGAUAGCAGCUGCUCUAAUGAGCAGGCAUAUUGGUGGAGCUGUUAAUUAUGUUGCAGUUUCAGAGGCUCUUGGUGUGUCUUCAUCAGUGUUAACAGCAGGACUGGCUGCGGAUAAUUUGGUCUGUGCAAUUUACUUCACAACACUUUUUGCACUGGCUUCUAGAAUACCUCCUGAAAUUUCAACAGCUGCCGAAGACAAUCAGAUGGAAUCUAAAGCAGGAGAUAGUAAGGGUCUGCCUGUAUUGGAAAGUGCAACUGCUCUGGCAUUAUCUUGUGUUAUUUGUAGUGCAGGAAUGUAUUUGGCUAAACUUGUUGGCUUUCAAGGUGGGGGCAUUACAUGCAUAACAGCAUUGGUGGUAGUUCUGGCAACAGUAUUUCCAUCACAUAUUGGUUCUCUUGCACCUGCUGGAGAAGCACUUGCUUUAAUAAUGAUGCAGGUUUUUUUUGCAGUUAUAGGGGCAAAUGGAAGCAUUGCCAAUGUUGUGAAGACUGCACCAGCAAUUUUCUUUUUUGCUCUAGUACAGGUGGCUGUUCAUCUGGCUGUCAUUUUGGGGAUUGGAAAAGUUCUAGGGUUUGAUCCAAAGCUAUUGUUGCUGGCCUCAAAUGCAAAUGUUGGAGGUCCUACAACAGCUUGUGGAAUGGCUACAACAAAAGGGUGGAAAACAUUAAUUGUCCCUGGAAUUCUUGCUGGCAUAUUUGGAAUAUCAAUUGCAACAUUUCUUUCAAUUGGCUUUGGAGUUGCUGUUUUAAAAUAUAUGUGAAACGUGGCAACAUGUAUCUUCAAUAUUAACUAAUUCUCAACUGUCUCCAUUGCCAUUGGAAAUAGCAUAUACUCAUGAUGAAACCCCAAUGCCUGUGAAAAAUGUUCUAUUCAGAGGACGAGCAAGAAUUGCAAGUCUUUUAUGUGGAUUCAUCGCUGCCAUUUCUAUAUAGACAUGUAGCUUUGUUUGA